AUGGACCAGCUGCUUGUGCCACCAGGACCAGAUAGCUUCCGCCCAUUCACCCGGGAGUCCCUCAAAGCCAUCGAGAACCGGAUCGCCGAGGAGAGAGCCAAGAGGCCAAAGGGUGAGAAGAAGAAGGACGAUGAGGAGAACCGCCUUGAGCCCAACAGGGACCUGGAGGCGGGGAAACCUCUGCCUAUGCUCUAUGGAGACACCCCCAAGGGCAUGGUGUCCACUCCGCUGGAAGAUCUGGACCCGUACUACAGCAAUCAGAAAACCUUUAUGGUGUUAAACAAAGGAAAGGUAAUUUUUCGCUUCAAUGCCACUCCUGCCUUGUACCUGCUGAGCCCCUUUAACCCCCUCAGAAGAAUAUCGAUCUGGAUUUUAGUUCAUUCAUUGUUCAGCAUUGUAAUCAUGUGCACUAUCAUCACCAACUGUGCAUUUAUGACCCUGAAUAAGGUCCCGGAAUGGGCCAAAAAUGUAGAGUACACAUUUACUGCAAUCUACACUUUUGAAUCUCUGGUGAAGAUUCUGGCUCGAGGAUUCUGUAUAGGAAAGUUUACAUUCCUACGAGAUCCAUGGAACUGGCUGGACUUCUGUGUCAUUGUCAUGGCUUAUGUUACAGAGUUCGCAAAAUUAGGAAACUUCUCAGCACUUCGCACAUUCAGGGUGUUGAGAGCUUUCAAAGCAAUUUCAGUAAUUCCAGGACUAAAAACCAUUGUGGGUGCCUUGUUCCAGUCCGUAAAGAGACUGUCAGAUGUGAUGAUUCUCACUGUGUUCUGCCUCAGUGUCUUUGCGUUGAUUGGCUUACAGCUGUUCAGAGGAAACCUGAAGCAAAAGUGCAUCAUCACUCCGCCCAACGGAACCAUCGGCUCACCGGAGUGGGCCAACUACUCCAGCAACACAAGUAAUUAUUACUAUCUCCCUGAAAAAAAAGACCCUUUGCUGUGCGGAAAUGGCAGUGAUGCAGGGCACUGUCCGGAGGGGUACACCUGCCACCAGGUGGGCAACAAUCCAGACUACGGCUACACCAGCUUCGACAACUUUGGAUGGGCCUUCCUCGCCUUGUUCAGGCUCAUGACACAAGAUUGCUGGGAGAACCUUUAUCAGCAGACUUUGAGAGCUGCGGGGAAAACCUACAUGGUGUUCUUUGUGCUGGUGAUCUUCCUGGGCUCCUUCUACCUGAUUAACCUGAUUCUGGCUGUGGUGGCCAUGGCCUACGAGGAGCAGAGCCAGGCCACCAUAAACGAGGCCAUCGAGAAAGAGGAGAAGUUCCAGGCCAUGCUGGAGCAGAUGAAAAAGCAACAAGAAGAGAGUGAGGCAGCAGCAGCAGCCGCAGCCGAGAAUGGAGAGAGCGGUGAGAAGCUCAGUGUGAGAGAGAGCUCCUCAGACGCCUCCAAACUCAGCUCCAAAAGUGCCAAAGAACGACGCAACAGGAGGUGGAAAAGGAAAGAGGAGGAGGGCAAAGGGACGGACGAGAAGAUCCCCAAGUCUGAGUCCCAAAAUAGUCUGAGGAAAAUGUGCUGCCACUUCUCUGAAGGAGACAACCUGCUGACCUAUGAACGCAAGUGCUCCUCUGCUCACCAGUCCUUUCUGAGUUUUCGCGGACCGCUCUUCUCAUCGCGUCAUAACAGCAGAAAUAGCAUGUACAGCGUGCAGAGCCAUGUGCUGGACAAUGGCUCUGAGAACGAAUUCGCGGAUGAUGAGCACAGCAUUUUUGAGGACGCCCUGAGUAUGAGGGGCUCAGUGUUUCUCCCACAAAGACGAGAGCGUCAGAGCAGCAGUAUCAGCCAGUGCAGCUACUGUCCACAUAUCUUUCUCCCUCCCAACGACAUCAAACUCACCUCAAUGGGCUGCAACGGCCUAGUCACUCGUGUGGGUGGAGACUCCCUCCCACCCUCGCCUUUGGAUUUACUCAUGUCUUCAUUGACAGCGUACGACGCUCCCCCUGGUGGCAACCCUGACACAGCUGAUACAGAAGUGGGAGGAGAACAGUGUCCACACAUGGACCUCCUCAACGGGGUUCAGACCAGAGACCGGACCUGCAGUGUGGCCAGUGUCAUCACAAGCACAAUAGAAGAACUGGAGGAAUCGAGGCAGAAGUGUCCUCCCUGCUGGUCCCAUUUUGCACAGUCUUUUCUCAUCUGGGAGUGCUGCCCAAUUUGGCUAAAGAUCAAGAAGGUAGUUCAUCUGAUCGUCAUGGAUCCUUUCACAGACCUGGCCAUCACUGUCUGUAUCGUCCUCAACACCCUGUUUAUGGCCAUGGAGCACUACCCCAUGUCUAAAAGCUUCAACACUGUCCUGACUGUGGGCAAUUAUGUGUUCACGAGCAUCUUCACAGCUGAGAUGGUUCUCAAAAUUAUCGCACUAGACCCAUACUUUUAUUUUCAACAAGGAUGGAACAUUUUUGACGGGGUUAUUGUCACCUUGAGUUUGUUGGAGCUUGGACUUGGGAUAAGUAUCUUGAGAGCUUUCCGACUGUUGCGAGUUUUUAAACUGGCUAAAUCGUGGCCCACUCUCAACGCUCUCAUCAAAAUCAUUGCAAACUCAUUUGGAGCCUUGGGCAACCUGACUCUGGUGCUGGCCAUUAUCGUGUUUAUCUUUGCGGUGGUGGGGAUGCAGUUGUUUGGGAAGAGUUAUAAAGACUGUGUGUGUAAGAUCUCCAGUGACUGCACUCUGCCCCGAUGGCACAUGAACGACUUCUUCCACUCGUUCCUGAUCGUUUUCCGGGUUCUGUGUGGGGAGUGGAUAGAGACCAUGUGGGACUGCAUGGAGGUGGCGGGUCAGCACAUGUGCAUCAUCGUCUACAUGAUGGUGAUGGUCAUCGGGAAUCUCGUGGUCCUAAACCUGUUCCUGGCUCUGCUGCUGAGCUCCUUCAGUGCUGAUAACCUCGCCGCCACAGAGGAGGACACCGACAACAACCUCCAGAUUGCCAUCGCGCGCAUCCACAGCGCCGUCACCUAUGUGAAGUCUCUGCUCCACAGCCUGUGCACCUGUCAGGGCAACAAGAAGAAAAGAGAGGAGGAGAAGUCUCUAGAAGAUCUCCCCAAAGGUCUGGGGCCAAACGGAGUCCCCAACCACACCAUCAAAGACUUCUCCAAGAGUGGAAACGGGGAGGUGACAGGAGUGGACAAGGAGGGGGACAAGUACAUCGUGUGCAGCAGAAGUGACGACUCCAUCAUGUCCUUCAUAAAUAACCCCAGUCUGACUGUGAGCGUGCCCAUCGCCGCCGGAGAGUCCGACUUUGAGAACCAAAUCACAGAUGAGUUCACCAGCUCCUCCACGGACUUAGCAGGCUAUCAUAUGAAUGUGGAAGAUGAAGAUGGUGAAGUCAGUUCCUCUGAGGGGAGCACAGUGGACAAUGGUUCAGCUGGAGACAGAGGAGAGUCCAUUGACUUUGAACUGGAGGAGUUUAUGGAUCCAGACCCAUGCUUUAAUGAAUGUCUGGUUCAGAAGUUCAAGUGCUGCCAGGUGAAUGUGGAGUUGGGCUGGUGUAAGAUGUGGUGGACUCUGAGGAAAACCUGUUUCCGGAUCGUGGAGCACACCUGGUUUGAGAGCUUCAUCAUCCUGAUGAUCCUCCUCAGCAGCGGAGCUCUGGCUUUUGAGGAUGUCUACAUUGAGAAGAGGAAGACCAUUAAAACUAUUCUGGAGUUCACUGACAAGAUCUUCACAUACAUCUUUAUCCUGGAGAUGCUGCUCAAGUGGACUGCUUAUGGAUUUGUCAAGUACUUCACAAACGCCUGGUGCUGGCUGGACUUCCUCAUAGUGGAUGUGUCUCUGGUCAGUCUGGUGGCCAAUGCCAUGGGCUAUUCUGAGCUGGGUGCCAUUAAGUCUCUGAGGACUCUUCGAGCUCUGAGGCCCCUGAGGGCCCUGUCGCGCUUUGAGGGCAUGCGGGUGGUGGUCAAUGCUUUGCUGGGGGCCAUUCCUUCCAUCUUCAACGUGCUGCUGGUGUGUCUGAUCUUCUGGCUCAUCUUCAGCAUCAUGGGGGUGAACCUGUUGGCGGGGAAGUACUACUACUGCGUGAACCAGACCACAGACAAACCCUUCCUGUACACUGAGGUCAACAAUGAAACCGAAUGUCGCAGUAUGGGGAAUGCAUCACGCUGGAAACUUUCGAAAAUUAACUUUGACAACGUUGGAUUGGGAUACCUCGCACUGUUGCAAGUGGCAACGUUUAAGGGUUGGAUGCCCAUAAUGUACGCUGCAGUUGAUUCUCGGAAGCAAGGGGAACAGCCGAAGUAUGAGGAGAACCUGAAGAUGUACCUGUAUUUUGUUGUCUUCAUCAUUUGUGGGGCCUUCUUCACCCUCAACCUGUUCAUCGGUGUGAUCAUAGACAAUUUCAACCAACAGAAGAAAAAGUUUGGAGGUCAGGACAUUUUUAUGACUGAAGAACAGAAAAAAUAUUACAACGCUAUGAAAAAGCUGGGCUCAAAGAAACCACAAAAACCCAUUCCAAGGCCAUCGAACAAAUUCCAAGGAUACAUCUUUGACCUAACAACAAACCAAGCUUUCGAUAUUGCUGUCAUGGUUCUGAUCUGGCUCAAUAUGGUGGCCAUGAUGGUGGAGACAGCAGAACAAUCCAAGAAGAAGACCGAGGUUCUCCAAGUGAUCAAUGGCAUCUUCAUCUGUAUCUUCACCGGGGAGUGUCUGCUCAAGAUGAUCGCCCUGCGCCAGUACUACUUCACCAAUGGAUGGAAUGUUUUUGACUUCAUCGUGGUUAUCUUGUCCAUCAUUGGGAUGUUCCUGUCAGAGCUGAUUCAGAAAUACUUUGUGUCGCCCACGUUGUUCCGAGUGAUCCGUCUGGCUCGAAUUGGCCGGAUCCUGCGUCUCAUCAAGAGCGCCAAGGGAAUCCGCACGCUUCUCUUCGCCUUGAUGAUGUCGCUCCCUGCCUUGUUCAACAUUGGCCUCUUGCUCUUCCUGGUCAUGUUCAUCUACGCCAUCUUCGGCAUGUCCAACUUCGCAUACGUCAAAAAAGAAGGAGGGAUCGAUGACCUUUUUAACUUUGAGACAUUUGGCAACAGCAUGCUUUGCUUAUUCCAGAUCACCACAUCGGCUGGCUGGGACGGUUUACUAGACCCAAUACUCAAUAAAAACGAAGAGGACUGCGAUCCACUUGCAGAGAAUCCUGGAAGUCAGGUGAAAGGAAACUGUGGAAGUCCUUCAGUGGGAAUUGCCUUCUUUGUCAGCUACAUUAUCAUCUGCUUCCUGAUUGUGGUGAACAUGUACAUAGCCGUGAUCUUGGAGAACUUUGGCGUGGCUACGGAGGAGAGCGCUGAACCGCUGAACGAGGAUGACUUCGAGAUGUUUUAUGAAGUCUGGGAGAAGUUCGAUUCUAACGCAACACAGUUUAUGGAGUACAACAAACUGUCAGACUUUGCUGAUGCCUUGGCGUCCCCUUUGCGCAUCCCCAAACCCAACAAAUUAGAGCUGAUGGCGAUGGAUUUACCAAUGGUGAGCGGUGAGCGCAUCCACUGCUUAGACAUCCUCUUCGCGUUCACUAAAAGAGUGUUGGGAGAAGGGGGAGAGAUGGACAUGUUGAGAGGGCAAAUGGAAGAGCGUUUUAUGACUUCCAAUCCUUCCAAAGUGUCUUACGAGCCGAUUACAACAACUCUGAGACGCAAACUGGAAGAUUCCUCUGCUUCAGUUAUCCAGAGAGCCUACAGACACUACGUACAGAGACAGCUGGAGGACAUGCCAGAGAGAGACAAUGGACAAGACGAAACUGUCACGGAUCCCGACACUAAUCACACUACGGACAAAACAACGGUGAAUCCGGAGAAAAAUGGCAUUGCACCAACUUCCCCUUCUCUAACUUCUCCAACGUCUGGGAAUUGCGCAAACGUAGACGGGAAUAAAUACGAUAAAGACAAUAGCGAGAAGGAGGUGACGUCCAAAGAGGAUGACACUUAA